AUGAAGGCCACAGUUUUUGUUUUUAGUACCUUGCUCGCUGCCAUCUCACUCCAUGGCAGACUCUUUGUUGCGGCGGCACAAGGGGGAGGAGGGGUGCCCCCAGACGCGAACCAUCAGUACUACCAGAACUACCAGCAGAAUCAGUAUUACGCGCCGGCUGAAGAAGACACGAACGGCGCACAGGAUCAGGUUCCUGUGAACACGUACGGCUCCUCAGACGUCGGGAACGGCGCGGCAGAUGGUGCGCCUCCAGCUGCCCCGUACUACGCGUCCCCGCCGGACCAACAACAGGGGUAUAACGCGUCCCCGCCGGACCAACAACAGGGGUAUAACGCGUCCCCGCCGGACCAACAACAGGGGUAUAACGCGCCUCCCCCCCCUCCGCAGUAUCAGCAGCAGUACGUGCCUCAGUAUCAACAGCGUCAAGGCUACGUGCCCCAGUACUCGGGAGGCGCGCCGUCCCCAGCCCAAGGCUACGCGCAGCAGAACCGCCCGCCUGCGGCCCAAGGCGCUGGGUACGGAGCGCCGCCCCCUGCCGGCCAAACCCCGCCUGCUCAGCAGUACCGGGCGCCGCCCCAAGGAAGUCCCCAGCAAGGGUACCAGCAGGGCGGGGCCCGCGCCCCGCCCCCAGCAGCAGGUGCGCCGCGAACGCCCCAGCAGCCGCCUGCAACCCAAGGGUACCAGGCUCCGCGGCCAGCAAGCUCGACGGGCCAAGCCAGACCCGCGCCUGCAGGCCAAGCUGCGCCUGCGCACCAACAGCGAGCGCCGCCUCCGCCUCAGCAGCAGCAACAGCGAGCGCCGCCUCCUCCGCAGCAGCAGCAACAGCGAGCGCCGCCUCCGCCUCAGCAGCAACAACAGCGAGCGCCGCCUCCUCCGCAGCAGCAGCAACAGCGAGCGCCGCCUCCGCCUCAGCAGCAGCAACAGCGAGCGCCGCCUCCUCCGCAGCAGCAGCAACAGCGAGCGCCGCCUCCGCCUCAGCAGCAGCAACAGCGACCGUCUCCUCCGCAGCCUCAGCACCAGCAACAGCGACCGUCUCCUCCGCAGCCUCAGCAGGGGCGACCGGCGCCUGCGGCGAACCAGGCUGGAGCCGCAGGGACAGCGCAGGCGCGCGGGGCGGGGCAGCGCGCCCCGGCGCAGCAGGCGCGCGGAGCUCCCAAGGCGGAGAUGAAGCCGGCGGCUCCGGAUGACGACAGCGAGGAUGAAGGCGACGUGGAGGAGCGCAUUCGCCGCGAAGAUGAGGGACAGCUCUUCGAUGACGACGAGGAAGACGGCACCAGUUCCCUCAUGGAAGAGUGGGAGAAGCACAUGCAGAACUUCAUUCCAGAAAUGCUGGUCACCUUCCCGUUGGCUCCACGAAGCGACGAGUAUUUCUACGAGCACAUUGACGCGAACGACGGAGCUGUGCACCUCCGAGGAGGCUUCUUUGUGGGAGGCGACGAAGCGUCCUCCGCUGUGGAUUUCUCCAUCACGGAUCCUGACGGAGACAUCAUCUACAAAAAAAGCAAAAGCGAAGGUCUGUUCUACUUCGACGUGAAGAAGAAGGGCACUUACUCGUUCAUUGUCUCCAACCAUCAGUGGUUGGAGAGCCGGAUGGUCACUUUCGCCAUCGGCCGAGGAAACGAGACGGCGUUGAUGCCCAAACACGUGCAAACUGCGGGCGAGAUGGUCGACACUUUACAAGGCCAGCUCCGAGAUAUUCAGGCGGAAUCGACGUACUUGGGGAUCCGACAGCGCUCGCACGCUGAGGCAGCCACAGCGUUGCACUCGAAACUCUUCUGGUUGGCGGUUGUCGAAUUCGCCUGCCUCAUCACCACCUCUGCGUUCCAUGUUUUCUAUAUCCAGUCUCUCGUCUCCGACAAGCGCAUCCUAUGA